AUGCCGUCUGUCCACCGUGCCGUCUCUCCCAUCUGCCUUUCCCCCCCUUCCUCUUCCCCCCACCCCGCUCCAACAGCUAGUGUGUGGUUUCUUCCGCCGGCCCGCGCAUCUGACUCCGCACCCGCGCCUCUCAUUGUCGGAAGCGGCGGCGCACGACGCCAGCAGCUCUCCCUGCGCUUCGGCAUGCCGUCUCACCGUGCCAGGAGAGGGUCUCUGCCUUUCCCUCCGUGCCUCUUUCCCCCAAUCCUGCUCCAACAGCUCGUGUGCGGGUUCUUCCGCCGCCCCGCGCACUUAACUCCGCACCCGCGCCUCUCGCUGGCGGAAGUGGCGGCGCACGACCGCUGCCAGCAGCACUCCCUGCGCUUCCGCAUGCUGCCGCGCGCGCAGCAGCGCCUGUUGUGGGCGCGUUGCGGGCGUUCGUGGAAGCUUCUGCUGCGCUUCCUUAUUACCAGCGACGCCUGCAUCAGGCACGGCCAGCCCCAGGUGGCAGCGGGGUGUGCGCACAGCGUAGCGGUGGGGCGCGGUGGAGAGGUGUGGACGUUCGGGCAUGGUUCGGCAGGGCAGCUGGGGAGACCCCUGGCUGCUGCUGGCAGUGCUGGUGCGGCUGCUGGUGGUACUGCUGGUGCAGCUGCUGCUGCUGGUUAUGCCAGUUUUGCCGCUGCUGCUGCUGCUGCUGUUGGUGGUGUUGGUGGGUUUGCUGGGCUUGCGAACGAUGUGACAACCACUCUGGCAACCACUGCAACAGGGGCUGUGACUGUGACUUUAAGGAGUGGGCUUGAAAGGGGGCUGGUGGGGAGCAGUGAUGCGUCCGCGGAACCUUCCUGGAAGCCACAGAUUGUGAGGUCGUUGCUGGGAGUGCGAGUGGUGCAGGCAGCAGCAGGCCGGGCGAGGACAAUGCUAGUCACAGACACAGGCUCGGUGUAUCACUUCGGCAGGGACUGCUUCGGCGACCAGGAAUACUCCCUCACCUCCCCCGAGCCUGUUACCGAGCCUCGGCUCGUGCAUUCGCUUCGGCACAUUCAAGUCGUCCAGGUGGCGUUGGGGAAUUUCUUCACAGCAGUGCUUUCAGCUGAGGGCCGCGUCUUCACUCUCUCUUGGGGCGGCCGGGGGGAUGGCAGACGUACCACCAUCACUGCUGCUGCUGCUGCUGCUGCCGCUGCCGCUGCCGCUGCUGCUGCUCCUGCUGCUGCGGCUGCUGCUUUUCCUGUUGCUGCUGUUUCCGCGAAUUCUGAUGCUGAUGGCGAUGCAAGCCAGAGCUUUAAUGAUGCUGUGGCAGCAGGCAGUGAGAUCCGAGGCGAGAGGCUCGGGCACGCCACCGACCCUGCGGAUACCGUGCCUCGGCAGCUGGCCGGGCCUGGGAUGAGCGCCGUGCUUGGGCUGGGUGGAGGGGGGAGAGGAGGGGGUUGUGGAGGGAGGAAGGGGAGGCUUGGUUGUGGUCUGGGCGGCAAGCUAGGCCACAGCACUCUAGUGGUCUUACCACCAUCUCUUCCCCCGCCCAUCCCCUCUUUCCUGCCCCCUCGUCAAAACCCCUCCUCUCUCUCCCCCCUCCUUUCCUCAGGUCGGUCUGUCUGGUCUAUUGGCUGUGGUCUGGGCGGCAAGCUAGGCCACGGCACAAAGUACGACGAGCGCCGCCCGAAAGAAAUCGCGCACUUCAAAACCCUAGAGUUCGCCCCCACAGCCGUUGCUGCGGGCGCGUGGCAUGCUGCUGCUGUUGCUGCUGACGGGAGAGUUGCCACGUGGGGGUGGGGCAGGCACGGGUACGCAGCUGCCAGCAGGGAUGAAUCGCACGGCUCACGUGGCAAGCUCCGCCCAGCUGUGAAAGCAUGCCACGUGGCAGCAGGGGAUUACACGACGUUUGUGGUGGGGGAGGGCGGCGAGGUGUGGUCGUUUGGGAGCGCGGAGAGCGCGUGUUUGGGGCAUGGCGGCGGGUGGGAGAGGGAGGAGGAGGAGGAAGGGGAGGAGAUUGACGAUGCUGAUCUUCAUGAUAUCGUGUUGCGGCAGCACCGGUGGCGCUAUCGGGAUGUGAUGCAGCCGAGGCGGGUGUCUCUGCUGGAAGAGCGAGCUACCCACCCACCUGCUUCUCUUACCCCUCACUCCCACUUCAUCCCCCUCUUUUUCCCCAACCCUCAUCAGUUGCGGCAGCACCGGCGGCGCUAUCGGGAUGUGAUGCAGCCGCGGCGGGUGUCUCUGCUGGAAGAGCGAGCUACCCACCCACCUGCUUCUCUUACCCCUCUUGCUCUUCCCUCUCCCUUACACUGCCCACUCCCCCCACAUUCUCCCAGUUGCGGCAGCACCGGAGGCGCAACCGGGAUGUGA